UCCUUUUAUUUGACCCUUUGUUUGAGAGUGAGUACUUAACUCUCAGCCAACUUGGUAGGUGAGUUUCUGAUCAGAUUGGAUUGUUAGCACUGGGGACUCUCCUGUUUGGCUUCAUCUGAACCAGCCAUACCUCCAGUGGCCACUAUAUUUGUGGUCUACCUGCCUUUGUCCAGGUAAAGAAAGAAGAGCCUUGAGGACUGGCCACAGCCUAGCCAGGCUGAAGAAAUGUCAACAAUUGGGAGUUUUGAAGGAUUCCAGCCGGUGUCUCUGAAGCAAGAGGGAGAUGACCAGCCCUCUGAAGCUGAUCACCUGUCCAUGGAGGAGGGAGAUCAAGACAAGACCCCUGUAUGGAGGGAAAUCUCAAGACAGUCAAGUGUGACUAAAUCAACACUUUGCCCCAAUCCUUAUCACCAGCCUUAUAUCUCACGGAAGUACUUCGUUACAAGGCCAGGGACCAUUGAGACUGCCCUGGAGGACUUGAAAGGCCACAUAGCUGAGACUUAUGGAGAGACCAUUCAAGGCUUCUGGCUCCUGACAGAGAUAGACCACUGGAACAAUGAGAAGGAGAAAAUUCUGCUGGUCACAGACAAGACACUCUUGAUCUGCAAAUAUGACUUCAUCAUGCUCAGCUGUGUGCAGGUGCAGCGGGUUCCCCUGAGUGCUGUAUAUCGUAUUUGCCUGGGCAAGUUUGUCUUCCCUGCCAUUUCACUGGACAAGAGACCUGGAGAGGGUCUUAGGAUCUACUGGGGGAGUCCAGAGGAGCAGUCCCUAUUGUCCCGCUGGAACCCAUGGUCCACUGAAGUUCCUUAUGCUACCUUCACUGAACACCCUAUGAAAUACACCAGUGAGAAGUUCCUCGAAAUUUGCAAGUUGUCUGGGUUCACAUCGAAGCUUGUUUCAGCUAUCCAGAAUGCCCAUAAGAAUUCUGCUGGAUCUGGAAGAGAAAAAGGACUGAUGGUGUUAACCCAACCCAUUUUGAUUGAGACCUACACAGGGCUGAUGUCAUUUAUUGGAAAUCGCAACAAACUUGGCUAUUCUCUUGCCCGUGGGAGUGUUGGUUUUUGAGACUCUUUUUGGUACAUUAUCCAUAGAUAUGCCAUUAUUGAAGAUUUUGCUUCAGUCCACUGUAUUUUUAGAUAGAAACAGUUAGAAUUUUUAGAUAGUACUAUAUGACUUUGAAUAUUUAAUAUUUCAAGAAAACUGAAAGCUUGAUUGACUGGAUAGAUACACAUUUCAGGUGUAUCUAUUUUACUAAAUUUUAUUAAAAUUGGAAAAUAAAUAUUGCUGAACCCAAGUAAUGUUAUCAAAUAAGUGCCUGAUCAUAAACUCUGAGCAGA